UUGAAGAAAAUGAAGAGAAGCUUUAGUGAAAAUUCAACUCGAAGUACUGCAGGCUGUUUGCCUGUACCGUUGUUCAAUCAGAAAAAAAGGAACAGACAGCCAUUAACUUCUAAUCCACUUAAAAAUGAUCCAGGUGUAAGUUCUGCUUCUGACAGUUAUGAUUUCCCUCCUCUUCCAACAGAUUGGGCCUGGGAAGCUGUGAAUCCGACCUGUAGAGAUGACAACAAAAAUACCAGUGUAAAAACUUGGGAUAAAAAUGAUUUUCGACCUCAACGCAACAGAACAAACCUCGUGGAAAAUGCUGGAAUAUAUUCUUUUCCAGUGAAUUUAGGAGCUCAACAGCAAAAACAAUUAAUAGCUGAACCUCAUAACUUAACUCAUCACAGAGAAACUGAGGUGCUGAGACAAACACAUUCAUCAAAAAUACCUGAGUAUAAGACAGAAGGCCAAAAGAAAAGCAGCUCAAUACAGGCAUUUAAACCUAAUUAUCAACAAUAUAAAUUUAAGAAACAAAUGUUGGAUGAUAUGCCAGAAGAAAAGACUUCGAAGGAAAUUCCCUUGUGUCAGUUACAAUUUAAGGAAAAAAAUAAUUCUUUAAGAAUUAUUUCUGCAGUUAUUGAAAGCAUGAGAUACUGGCGUGAACAUGCACAGAAGACUGUACUUCUUUUUGAAAUAUUGGCUAUCCUUGAUUCAGCUGUCACACCUGGACCGUAUUAUUCAAAGACUUUUCUUAUGCGAGAUGGGAAAAAUACUCUGCCUUGUGUAUUUUAUGAAAUAGAUCGUGAACUUCCAAGACUAAUUAGAGGCCAAGUUCAUAGAUGUGUUGGAAACUAUGAUCCGAAAAAGAACAUUUUCAGAUGUGUUUCUAUCAGACCAGCAUCUAUUAAUGAACAAAAAACUUUUCAGGCAUUUGUUAAAAUUGUAGAUUCUGAGAUGAGGUAUUAUACUAAAAUAAUGAAUGAAAUUUAA